AUGAAACUUUACUGGCCAUACCUUCUCGUAGCCACGUCGUUAUUCGCACAUUCAGUCAUUGCUCUCCCACACCUAUAUUCCAAAAACCCUCAUCAGGAGGAGGUCGUGGAGCCGCCAGAGGAAAAAUACUUCCAAGAACCUGGCGGUGAUGAUAUUCUAGGCCACUAUGAUACGAGAUUUUUCAAAGGUGUGGUCACAGAGAAUGGACUGGAGACGUGGAUUGCGCAUGGGACAUUGUUGGGUUGGUGGUGGAAUGGGAAGGCUGUCAUUAUACUCCCCUGGGACUGGGAUAUCGACACCCAAGUCAACACUAGUACCCUCCGCCGCAUGGCCGACCAUUUCAACCACACCAUCUGCCACUAUAAACCUGACGCCAACCAGCCCAACCGCGACUACCUACUAGAUGUCAACCCGUACUCCCGACAACGGGAACGCGGUCAGGGCCAAAAUAUCAUCGACGCCCGCUGGAUCGACACGCGCAAUGGGCUCUACAUCGACAUCACAGGCAUUAGUGAGAUUAACCCAGAAACAGAGCCGGGAAUCCUCCAGUGCAAAAACUUCCACAAGUAUAAGAUAUCGGAUAUAUAUCCCAUGCGAGAUAGCAUGUAUGAAGGCGUCCCCGCUAGGAUUCCGUAUAAGUAUUAUGAAAUUUUGGUUAAGGAGUACGGGCCUAGUGCGUUGGUCAUUAAGGAUCAUGAGGACCACUACUGGGACCCAACUCUCGAAUUAUGGAUACCAGACGAGAAACGAAUAGCCGCAACAGCGAAGUUGACUCCCGAAGAGAGAAAAAUGAAACAAGACGACGACAAAAGGAUACGCGAAGAUGAGAUCAGACAGCUUUCUAAACAAAUGGGUCUUAUAUGA